UCGAUCUAGAUGGAUCGAUCUAAAUCUAUGGGAAUGCACUCUUAGACGGCUUUGGUUUUCAGGCAUUUGAGAAGGAAAUGUAGUAGCUCCGCAGGAUAUUUUGACAAGAAAACAUUGGAACGUGCACAGAAUAUCUUUUACUAAUUCUUCUCUUCUUUUUAUGUCACUGUGAGAGCAAUUUGGUUUUCAUUAAAGUUACCCAUAUCUGCAAUUUUCAUCAGUGAAAAAGUCUACAUUGUACGACCAAAUACCUCAAAAUCGCACGCAUGAGCCGGAGCAAUACUGAGUUAAAAUCAUGCACUGCCAUGUUUUGAUCAUUAUAUUUCCAUUUUUGUGAUGAGGGUAUUAAAAUCAAAAUAAAAUUUAUUGGGUAUAAUUACAGAGAGUAAACACGGUAUUAUUGUAUAGAAUUGAAUUUAUCGGAGAACUAAUGAGCUGUAUAUUGAUGUUGGUUAUAUUUGAAUCAGCUUUUUUUUAAAGACAACUUAUCAAUAGUAAAUGCAUGUAUAAUUGGUAUCAUAUAGGCCUACAUGUAGGCCUAUAUUAGCGGCUAGAUGCGCGUCGCACAAAAUGAAAAACAGGUACAUUAUACGAUUUUAUUUUGCAUUUUAAUACCUAUACAAAUAUUCAAUCAGUAGUCUGCUAGUUUUUAUUAAAGAAAAAAAUGUUGCUUGGUGGUCCGGAUUCAGAAUUGUUAUUUACGAUAUUUGAAGUGCAGCAUUACGGCACUUAUUAGAGUAAUACAAAUGUAAGAAGUUCACAUGACAAAUAGAAAUAUACCUUUUAAUAGACUGGAUAAAUUGUCUUAUUCUCAGUGCAAUAUAAAAGGGAAAUCUGAUCGGAGAAAGACCAACAACAUAGUAAAUUUGCCGCGGUAGUAUAGAAAUGUAGACUAUGUUUCAUUUAUGAUUAUGAAAUAAUUGUUUGUUCCUUAACCGUUAAAAUCAGUUUUCUUAUUGCAAGUAAUAUUGUUGUUUUAUUCAUAUAUUUUUUAGGUAUAAGUCGCCUGUGAAUUUACGUAAUUUCCAAUCAAAUAUUGACAACAAGGCUAAAAUGUCCAUUUUUCGCUGACUUAAAUAGCGCCCUCUAUCAACGUCACGGCUCAUUGGUUUUAUAGGACGACCACACUGAAAUAAACCGUCUAUCAUAACCCAGUAUCAAACCGAGUAGGCCUAUAGAUUGCCUAGGAAAUAAAAGUCACUUUAUGAGCCUCUUUUCAGUAUCAGCGUCUAGUCUAGAUCGACUUCACCAGCAGUAGUCUGCAACUAUACACGCAGGUCAAGGUCAUGAAAUCUUGAUUUCUGACCACUACACACCCCAUCCUUACCGCAGCAAUGGCCAAGUAUGGAUUGGCAAAUAUGAUAUAGCGUGAUUACGAACGUGAUAGACCUUACAAAUCACGAUGUCCUCGAAAUGUUGAAAACCUUCAAAAAAAUUUGGGGAGGAGAUAUCCUUUCUUUUUCAUGAGGGAGGGGGGGGGGGCAAGAUUAAUCACAGGAAAAGAAAAGCAGAUAAAUCGAUUUUUCAGAUGUGUCAAAGUAUAUUUGAUUCUUACAAAUAUCCGUUCCAAAUGCUACCAAGCCAUCAUUUGAACAUAUUUUCACUUAUUCAUAUAAGCGCAGUAUAAUAGUUAACGGUAAAUGUGACAUUUUUAAUUUCCUCUCUCCAGUUUCAAAUUCAUUCACCUAAUAAAACGGAUCAAACUUGCAUUUCGGAAUUUGUUGGCUACAGGUAAAAAAACGCUUUCUAUUACAGAACUGGCACGUUCCUGUAACACAACCUCGCCAUUCUCGGAGGGAAAAUAGCCGCGGAAAUAAGUUGGGUUAUCGCGGAAAUUACUUCAAUUAUCGCGGAAAUAACUUCGAUAAGAGUAAAUUUCGACAGACAUAUGCAAGGUUAUCUGUAUAAACGGUCCUAUGUAAAAUUUCACUAAUUAGGUUGAAAACCUUAAGUAGAAGAGAAAACAUGCAGGUUGACGUUUAGAAAAAUUAGGAGUUUAGGUGUUACAAGCAUACCUUUGCACUUGAAAACACAGUGCAAUAAGUUAAUGUGUUAUAGCAGACAGUAUUUCAGAUACUACCGGUCAAUAGGCCUUGGCAAAUGGUGAUCGAAAACAUUGCUGAAGUUUUUCCUGCAAUAACAUUAACUGCCGCUUUUACCAGGACGUUCACAUUAAUCAUUUUGGCAGACUAAUAAUAAUUUACACCAAACAACUUUAUCCCAUCAGACAAAUUAUUAUUGUGAGAUGAAAGGACAUACAGAUAACUACUGCUAUAAUUUUAGGGCAUUAGAUGUCCUGUUUAGGUUUUUUUAUGGCGCCUUCCUAAUAAGUUUAUUAAGUAGGGUUGUCGUAUCAUCAGCACGCAAAAUAAAGUUGUUUUUAUCUGACACGAGCGCUUGUAUAUGAGAACCAGUUGUUACACUACUAGGGUUUAAAAUUACACACGUCUUCAUCGCAGACGUUAUUUCAUCUGAGGGUUGAUUGCAGUUUUGACAAGAAUCUUGGUCUUGCGCCGCACCUGCCUUUGGUAAUUGGUAAAAGAUUUCUCGCUGGCGAUCAGAAAUUUCAGAAACGUCUACACUUUUGAAAGCGAGAAAGGUGAAUAUCAAGAGUUACCGGAUAUCUUUUUGUAAAGAUGUGAGAGAUAGGCGGGGGAGCUCGCAUCAAACUAGAUAUUUUAUAUGAAGCUCCAAAUUUCACACCCGAAGCUGCAUGUCUAGUUAUUCCGGUUCGGUUAAAUAGGCUAUCCUAUCUGUUACUAGCAGGCGGUGGAAACAUUUCCGUUCUUCAUAUUUAACACCACGCCGUUGCUACACCAGGUUGUAGAAAAGUGCAACUUGCAUGAACCAGAGGUUUCGAGUUAUCUUUACGUACACCAAGACCCAAAAUGAACAACUCGUCGCUUUUUCUGUGUAGGAACGCAACAGUCAUAUCAGAGAGGAAACUAGCCACCAUGUUUUAUAUUCACGCCGUUCUUGCAUUCGGGUUUAUCAUUUUUGGACUGUGUGGGAAUCUACUGGCUUUCAUCGUCUUGUGGCGCGAAAAACAGAAAACAACCACGUCGCUGACACUGCGCGCUCUGGCAGUAUCAGACUCUAUCUAUCUGGUGUGUAGUCUGAUAUUUCUGAGUCUGCCGUCAAUGGAAAAAUACAAUGGUCAAGUUGGGGAUAGUUUUUUAACUGACACAUACCCACAACUGAUGCCCUUUGUCAAACCUAUGCUUUACAUCUCCCAACAAAUUAGCAGCUGGUUGGUCGUGCUAGUGACUCUGGACCGCUUUAUAGUGGUUUGCUAUCCUCUUAAAUCUUUCACCUAUUGCACGCUCAACAGGGCAAAGAAGCAUAUUGCGGCAGUGUACAUUGUCUCCGUUUUUUACAAUAUUCCCCGGUUUUUUGAACUGGACAUCAAGCAGUGCUACAACAUUAAACUUGACAAAUUUGUGCACGAAGUGCACAAUUAUCCAUGGUCAUAUUCAACAGCGUACUGGAUAAUUUAUCAGAUUGUUCUUUACUUUCUCACAAUGUACAUCGUCCCGAUGGUAAUUCUGGGCUUUGUGAACACAAAAUUGAUCAUCAGCCUCCGUGCCGCGAAUCGCCAGCGCGCCCAAAUCACGGGGAAGGAGCACGACGACAAUAUAAGUAUCAUGCUUGUGGUUGUUGUGUUCGUCUUCAUCGCCUGUCAGACGCCGGAUUUUCUUCUGCAGAUAUUUUACUUCAUGACUGUGGUUCUCAGCGAUGCGGCAUUUGUCUACGAAUUUAAUUUCUUUGUGUAUUAUUUGAUAACCGCCUUUCUAUUAGUUUUUAAUUGUUCCAUCAACUUCAUUAUCUACUGUAUCUGUGGAAAGAAGUUCAGAAAAAUGAUGUUUGAGACUAUUCAGUGUCAAAGACAGGGGCAUGGUAACAAAAGCGAGUCUAGCCACUCUCACAUGCGCGACUCUAAAUGCUAAUCUUUACUGGAAGAUAAUCCCCAAAUGAUUGGGGCAGAAUACGGUUUGCUGAAUUUAAAGAGUUGAGAAACGCCUGUAUAAGACCAAAUAGGCACAAUACCUUGCAUUACCUUGUCUCUUGCUUACGAUGUAGGGACGAAGCACGUGCUACCCCUUUUUGGUACUGAUGGCCAAAAAUCAGGGUUCUGGCUCAUCGCAUAAUAAGGAUAUUGAGGGAGCCUAGAUUACAUUUGAAAUGCGAUGCACGUACGGUGCACGUAUACUGCCCGUAAUACCCUUUUCCAUCUGUUUCGUACGGCGUCUGAGCGGAGGUAGACGGUGGCCGUGCGAAAUCGCAC